AUGGCCGACGCAAGCCCCGCCAAGUCGACGACGUCGCCCCGGCCUCAGCUCACCUCGUCCAUGAGGAGUAGCUCGUUCCUCCGCGAGCACCAGCAGUACCGCCCUCCCCAGCACCCGGAGGGUCGCUUCGGCAUCGACACUGUCGUCGAGGACCUGAGCAAUGUCUCUGUCUCGCCGCCCAGGCACGCCCACGCCCACGACCACAAGCACUAUGCCGCAUUCAACGGCAUUCCGUCUGAGGAGAACCCACCCACCAUCCGCAGCGGCCUGAACCACAGCUACUCGCACCCGAAUUGUGUGCCUGCCGGGGGCAAGAGGCAGUCUCGCUUGGUUGCGACGCUGUUCUAUAAACCGAACGGCGAAGGCGGCGCGGCGGCGGCAGCGGCAGCUUCGUCGGGCGGCAGCGGCUUUGCAUCGCCGCCCAAGUUGAACUCGGAAGGCUCCAGCAGCAAGGACUCCCUUCCGGCCAACUUCGCGCCGACGCAGGACCCCGAGACCUUCCCGCUCGAGCCCCCGACCCAGGAGCCCGAGAAGCUCGACCACCUGUAUGGCUCCUAUGUCUCGCCCAUGUGCGUGACUUCGUUCCUGCACCUCAUGUCGACCUUUCCCCUGCCCGCCGGCGAGACCGACUACAGCUCGUCGCAUCGCUGCCUCGACAGCCAGGACAGCCCGCACGUCGUCGAGCUGACCCUCGACCCGGCCCCUUGCCAGAGCUACCUCAGCCUGACCGACCUGCGGAGGCACGAGCUCAUCUACCGUUUCGAGAGGGAAUGGAGCGUCAACGUCGCCCUGCAGCCCGACACCCUGUGGCGCCGCCACCCCAGGCUGGUCGUUUUCGACAUGGACAGCACCCUCAUCACGCAGGAGGUGAUUGACCUGCUCGCCGCGACCAUCAAGGACCCGCCCGACCUGGCUGCGCGCGUCGCCGACAUCACCCACCGCGCCAUGCUGGGCGAGCUCGAGUUCGACGCCGCCUUCCGCGAGCGCGUGCAGCUCCUCAAGGGCCUCCCCGCGUCCUUCUUUGAGCAGCUGAGGCCCGUCCUGGACGUAACCAAGGGCGUGCCACGUCUCAUCAAGGCCCUGAAGCGCCUCGGUGUCAAGACCGCGGUGCUCUCCGGCGGCUUCCUCCCCCUCACGAGCUGGCUGGCCGGGGAGCUGGGCAUCGACUACGCCCACGCCAACGAGGUUGUCAUCGACGACGCCGGCAACCUCACGGGCGAGGUCAAGGGUCUCAUCGUGGGCAAGGAGAGGAAACGCGACCUCCUCGUCGAAAUCGCCGGCAAGGAGGGCAUCGACCUGUCGCAGGUCGUUGCCGUGGGCGACGGCGCGAACGACCUGCUGAUGCUGGGGACGGCGGGUCUGGGCGUCGCCUGGAACGCGAAGCCGAUGGUGCAGAUGGAGGCCGACACGAGGCUGAAUGGCGAGAGCCUCCUCGACCUGCUGUACCUCUUUGGUUUCACCGGAGACGAGAUUGAGCAGCUUUCUUCAUAG